AUGGCCUCCAACAUCACUGAACUUAUGGCUUUGCUCAGCGGACCAAACCGUGCUUCUUCGAGUUCCAUCCCGCCUCCUGUGUAUGGGUCAAUGGUUGAUCCGUCUCCUUGGGUCCCACCAAUCCUUGCACCAGAGAAUGAUGUUGUGCCUAUUCCAGCGCCGACACAUUUCUCGGCAACCGUUCCACCGUUGACACACGCACCGGAGGUCUAUCCGUCUGUUGCACCUCUUCCGGUAACACUUCCGGUGACUUUCCCUCCUCCGCCAACGACGGUACCGAUAAUUGAUCCAGCUAUGCUUGCGCUUCCUCCGAUGCCAGUAUCAGCCACAAGCACACAUGCUCCUGCUCCUAUCGUUGAGCCAUUUCCUUUCCCAGCUCCACAACCCCAAAUAAGUCUUCCACACCGAACUCCAUCGAUCUUAAACAUUCCUUCCUAUAACCCAGAUGCACAAGCUGUGGCUGCCACUGAAGCUCCACCGACAUAUAUUCUCCCUGCUACGGAGAUAGAACAGGAGCGCCGGAUGAAACGAAUGGAAGAGAUGAUGAAGGCUCUCCAAGAAAGUGACUCUCGUUAUCACACGAGUUACUUGGACCUGAAUCUCUUUCCAGACAUGAGGCUGCCUCCAAAGAUCAAGAUUCCCGAUUUUGACAAGUAUGACGGGACCACAGACCCAAAGCCACAUCUGCAAGGCUAUCGAAACCGCAUGAUGCCGUACUGGGGAUAUGAGCAGUUUAUGAUUCAGACUUUUCAGGAAAGUUUGAAAGGAGCAGCACUCAGUUGGUUCACCUCUCUCAAAGCAGCGGACAUUCCCACUUGGGAUGAACUCGCUAAGAAGUUUGUGACCCAGUAUGGCUACAAUACUGGCAUAGCUCCGUCCUAUCUCGAGUUAAGCGUCAUGGAAAUGCAAGAGGAGCAAUCCUUUGAGGACUACGCUACUCAAUGGCGUGCUGAGGCGGCCAAGCACCGUCCUCCAAUUGACGAAGCGGAACAAAUCCAGAUCUUUCAUGGAACCCUCAAAGGCGCAUACUACUCGCAUCUCCUGGGACACAUGUCGUCUUUUAACGCGAUGAUAAAGGCUGGCAAGAAGCUCUCAUUCGUGGAGGAUGCAAUUAGCUUCGAUGCAAAGGAGCAGCAGAUCACCAUUGACCAUGCUCUUGACCCUGAUAUGAAGGAUAGUAAAGACUCAAACAUUUUAGCGGACAUCACUUCAACUGCCUUAAUGUCGCUCCGUCUAUUUCAUCGCCGUAUCAUCUUGCCCCGCAGCAACAAUAUCCAGUUCAACCGAUUUACUACUCAGCUCCUCCUGCUUAUGCACCUCUACAGGCCCCGCAGUCUUUUGGUCAGCAAUAUACUCCGGCCUUUCAAGUGCAAUCAAGCGGGCCCCCGGCUUCGAGUACUCCUCAGCCGGCCCAGCGGGCCCCAGCUUCGCGAACCUAGCAAGAUACUCUCGCAGCUCCUCAUAGGCAACAGAAUCCGAAUGGAGGCGCCUGGUCCCAACUUUGACCCUACAGUACAGAAUCAAAAUCUGCGCUGUGAGUUUCAUCAAGGUGCUCCAGGACACACGACCGAUAACUGUCACGUUCUCAGAGGCCGAUUGCGGGAGUUGAUUGACAAAAAACUGCUCUCAUUCAAUGAGGUGAAGCCACCGAACGUCCAGACCAAUCCUCUCCCUGACCACGUAUCCAGCUCAGGCCCGACUGUCAACAUGAUCGGCGCUUACCCCCUCGGAAAGGACAAGACUAAAGAAGAAUAG